AUCGAUAUGAUGUCACAGAUCGUGGAUAGGAGGUCACGUCUAUCAGGCCAUCUGUACAUACUUGGGCUACUAUCAAACAUACACAUCUAAUCGAGGCAUAAUCCACAGUUGUCCUCUUGGUAGUAUAUUGCACGAACCCGAUUGCCGAACCUCGACAGCCUGCCAUUCGUCAUCGGCCAGACCGUAACCAGGAACUCUAGUCAGAUCCAGUAGAUCUCCUCGACCAUGGCUCAACAACUAUCACACCUCGGCCGAGGCGCCGUCCGAGUCGCCAAAAACUACACCAAAGGCUACUCGGACACCCAAGUCAAGAUCCGUGGAGCGACCUCGAACGACCCAUGGGGUCCAUCAGGGUCGCAGAUGAACGAGAUUGCGCAGAUGACGUAUUCGCAAAACGAGUUUGUCGAGGUGAUGGAGAUGCUGGACAAGAGGUUGAACGACAAGGGCAAGAACUGGAGGCACGUCUUCAAGGCCCUCACGCUGCUCGACUACAUCCUCCACGCCGGCUCCGAAAACGUCGUCAUCUACUUCCGCGACAACAUUUACAUCGUAAAGACCCUCAAAGAGUUUGUCUACGUCGAUGACGAUGGUCAAGACGUCGGCGCCAACGUGCGUCAAAAGGCCAAGGACAUUACCAACCUGCUGCAGGACGAAGACCGUUUGCGGAUGGAGCGAAAGAGUCGAGGAGCGAUGAGGGAGCGGAUGUUGGGCAACAUUGCCGAGAGCGGGUUGAGGGGCGAAGACGACCGUGGGGAACCGGAACGGAGAGCCGAGCGGAAUAACAACAAUUCGGGGUAUAAACCGGCCAAGACGAGGGACGAGGACGAUGAUCUGAAACGAGCGAUCGAGGAGAGCAAACGAGCGGCGAUGGACGACGAGUCGAGGUCGAGGGCGAGGAACCAAGAGGAGGACGACCUCCGGAAAGCGAUCGCCAUGUCAGAAGAGGAAGAGGCCAAGCGACGUCGACAGCUGGAAGAAUCCAACGCGACGGCCUUGUUUGACGACGGUCUGCAGAUGCAACCGACCCAGAACUUGGUAGAUGUCGGUUGGAACCAGCAGCAACAACCGUUACAGCCGCAGUAUACCAGUUUCAACCCCUUCAUGCAGCAACAGAUGAUGCAACAGCAACAACAGCAACAGCAGGAAGAGUACAUGAGGCAACAGAUGAUGAUGGCCGAGCAGGAGAGACAGCGACAAGAGUGGAUGCAGAUGCAGCAACAGCAACAGCAACAACAGCAGAUGAUGAUGCAGCAACAGCAACAGCUCAUGGCGCAGCCGACGGGGUACAGGAGUAACAACCCGUUCGCGCCCGGCGGAGGUGGACCGUCGAUGAGCCUGAUUCCAGAAUCAUCGCCCAUGCCGGCACCGACACCACAGGCGCAGCCGCAGAUCGAUUUCUUCCAACCCGCACCUCAACCCGCAUCUCAACCUGCACCUCAACAGCAAUCAGAACGACAAGGCGGGUUCGCAGUCAAGACGAAGGACACGAAUCCCGAAUUGGCUGCUCUGUGGGCCAAUCGGGAGGGCGGUCUGGAUACCUUUGGAAACGUGGGGUCGUUACGUAUUCCGGUGGGGAGCGUCUUUCACGAGAGCAACCGGCAGGCGGUCCAGCAGGGUCUUGGGGGUGGGUUCGGGAACACGAAUCCGUUUGCCCGACAGCAGCAGCAGCAACAACAACAGCAAGGGCAGCAACAGGGUACGGAACAGCCAUUCUUUCAGAUCUAGACGUGUUUGUGUUGUGCCAUAAUCUAUUUGAGAGCAACUCUUCGUGUUCUUGUUUUCCCUAUGAUCGGAUCGUAUUUAUACCUUUGGA